AUGUCUUCUAUGACUUGUUACAAUUGUAACAGGGAAGGCCACAUAGCUAGAUAUUGCCCUCAACCUCGCCAACAACUAAGAGGAACUGAUAGAAGACCUCAUUAUGAUAAUACAAGAGACGUACAUCUUGCUGACCAAUAUUAUGAGGAAGAAUAUAAUGAUGAGGAAUAUACUUCAGAAGAAUAUUAUGAAGAAGACGAAUAUAAAGUAUAUCUUGAUACUAGGUCUAGACCUUACCCAAAGAAUGCUGUGUCAAAAAAUAAACAAAGACCAGUAAAGUUUCAAAACCUACCCAAAAUAACUGUUGAAGACUUAGAAAUGGAAAAACUAAUAACAGAACCUGUGGUCGAACCAGUUAGAAUUGAAAAA